CCUCAAUAUAUAAAUAGAAUAGGAUAGGGUAACAGGACACUCGAGCAAAUGAGACGCGAAUCCAGGGAGAGGUGCCGAGGGGCGUCACGCUUUUUUUUUCUUUUUUUCUUCUUGUUUUCGCCAACGUCAAAUUAAAUAUCAAAAUAUCACUUAAAAUAAAAGAAAUAAAAACAUGUUCAAAUAUCUCUUAAGAUUUCCGGCGCCCCCAAACUCCAAACCACCUACCCGCCACCCGUCACCCACCCCCUUCUUUCACAAACCCAUGGACCCUUGCCUGCUAAUUCACCUCGCCGGUCACGUUGGCCAUACCGACGAUCGAUAUGUCUCCGUAGGUGUCUGUUUUUGUAGCCAACCAACCAGGUAGGCGAUUGCCGUAUCAGUGUUGUUGACACCCUGCUUACAUCGGAUAUUAAUGUUGUGGCUUAGAACACCAUGUAGUGAAUAAUACCGCAACCAUGUUCGUUCGGAAUGUUUUCAAGAGUGCGUCGUCGCAGUUUGUGUUGGGAAUUACGGUCGGUUUAGUCGUGUCCUUUAUCUUCACGGGUUACAACUACAGCACCACAGUGUUCGCGAAGAACAAAGAGUCCGUCGCCGAGUUUCGGCACACCAGUGGCAGGAGAAUCGGGAUUAGCAACGUUCCGGAAACACACGAACAACAGCUGAACAAUGCCGAGCAGGAGCACGAAAGGGCCCAUCGGCAGUUGGAUACGGAGAUCGGCAAAUCUCCGGAAAAGAUAAUCAAGUUCGUCGAUGAACACAAACAUCAUGAUGAUGACCACGUCGCAAAGGACCUCGCAAAGAAAGUGCGCGUCCUCUGUUGGGUGAUGACGUCACCAAACACCCUGCAGAAGAAGGCCCGGGUUGUCAAGGAGACCUGGGGCAAGCGAUGCAACGUCAUGCUUUUCUUCAGCUCCGUCUCCAACUCCACGUUCCCUGUUAUAGGACUGAACGUCUCCGAGGGGCGGGAACACCUGACGGCGAAAACCAUGCAGGCGUUUUACUACAUCUACCAGCACCACCUGAACGACGCUGAUUGGUUCAUGAAGACGGACGAUGACACCUACGUCAUCGUGGAAAACCUACGCUACUUCCUGUCUUCCCAGAAUUCCUCGCGCCCAGUCUUCUUCGGCCACCAUUUUAAGACGAUUGUCAAACAGGGGUAUUACAGCGGAGGAGGGGGUUAUGUUUUGAGCAAAGAGGCUCUGACAAGAUUCGGAAUAAAGGGAAAGAAUGAUUCGAAAUUGUGUCGCACGGACGGGGGAGCGGAAGACGCGGUUAUGGGGAUCUGCAUGCAGAACCUGGGGGUGAAGACGGGCAAUUCGACAGAUUCGUUGGGACGCACGAGGUUCCACUGUUUCGACCCUGAGACACAUCUGUUUGGAGGGUUCCCCGACUGGUAUUAUCACUAUGACGCCAACGGCGUGAAAAAGGGUAUCGACAGUAUAAGUGACUACGCCAUUUCGUUCCACUACGUUCCUCCUCAGAAGAUGUACAGCUUGGAGUUUUAUAUUUACCACUUGCGGCCGUAUGGCGUCAUAUCCGGAAAUCAGCAGCUGAAUAAAAUACCUGUAUCAGAGCAACGGCAGAGUUCCUAACCCACAGCUAACACGUGGGCGUGUUCAGGAGGGAGAGCAUUCGCGUACAAUUUGACUAGUACCAUCGCCUUUUAUCAUAUCACAUUCACCAAACAUUAGGCACAAAAACCUGUCUAGGGAGGGACCACGAUCGGUCGACCUCCUGAACAUACAACGUAAAUGAAAUUGUCGGCAAAAGAAAAGUUAAAGUUUGAUUUGUUUAACGAUACCACUAGAACACAUUGAUUUAUUAAUCAUCAGCUAUUGAAUUUCAAACAUUUGGUAAUUUUGACAUUAGUAGCAAGGGGUCCUUUGUAUGCCCAAUCCUAAAGACAGGAUAGCACACACCAUGUCUUUGAUAUUACAGUCGUGGUGCACUUGCUUGAGCGAGGAAUAGUCCGGUGUGAUCUCAGCGAGCGGUUUACCACUGGGCUACGUUCCGCCCCGUCGACAAAAUAGGGCAUGCUAAGCAACCAAAUUUGCAAUGUUUUUUCAAGGAAGAUCACUAUCCCACCCACCACACCCUCACCACCUUCCCACACCCAAGUUUACAUGUUUAUAUAUUGCCUUCAUAUUGUCGUCUAGCUGACAGCAAUCUGUACUACGAUCAAUAAACUGAAUGACUGUGCAAGAAGAAUUUCAUAGAAGGCGUUGGUGAGGAAGUUUGUUUUGUUUAACGACAACACUGGAGCACAUUCAUUAAAUCAUCGGCUGUAGGACGUCAGAUAUACUCAAGGAUCACGCGUCCGGGCGAAGUGAGCACAAAUUUCACUCUGACCAGCCUGACUUCGCCGUGCUAGUCACUUUAAGGCGAAAUCUGUUCCGCCUUUAUAAAAAUAGCCAUCAUUUGAAUGUACACAAUCACGGAUGAAUGGUGAAGAACUUGAGGAACACCUGUUCAUAAAUAAAAAUUAAGUGUGAAGUGUCUGAGAGUUUGAAUAGACACUGGCUCCACAAAAUCACGCGACAGGCUCACAGAUAGAUGGUCUUGCUCAGACAACACCCGUAUCUGGCACUAAUAGUUGGCCUAAACGUCCUACUGACCGUUGAAGCGUAUUGUCGGGGGAGUGUGCUGGAACUUGUACAAGUGUGGGGAUCUAGACUAUGACGAGUGCCUUUUUUAGGGAGUUUGGGUCAUGCUCUAUCGGAAAAUACAUUGAUAAAAAAUAUUCGUUUGGAGCAGCAGACCUCGACGUGAAAAAAAUGCGGGGAGUAAUUAACUAAUUUUACGUACACUUUGUCAUAAUGGUAAUAUUAUGACAAUUUUGAAACAUAUAAUCUUCAUGUUUUUACAUAAACAGCAACUGGUCGUUUCUAUGCAGCUUCCUAUAUACAGGAGAGCACAUACCAUGGUCUUUAAGAUACAAGUCGUGUGGCACUGGUUGUCAAGGUGAAAGUCCCAAUAGGUCCCGCUCAUAAAUGCCGCGAAUAUGGACAGUAAACUUGUAAAUAAUCUUAUAUUAAAUAGCGUGCAUCUGAAUACGGCUUAUAUGGUUAGUAAACUGGAAAAUGCGUUGUCAUGCAACCCUUUUCAAGUUAUAUUUUUGUAAUAUGUUUCAGUCAAAAGCGAUAUAGAAACUAUCUUGGGAAUGGCAUAGCCCGCCUAAAGGUAAUGUGUUUCAGUCAAAAGCGAUAUAGAAACUAUCUUGGGAAUGGCAUAGCCCGCCUAAAGGUUAUGUGUUUCAGUCAAAAGCGAUAUAGAAACUAUCUUGGGAAUGGCAUAGCCCGCCUAAAGGUUAUGUGUUUCAGUCAAAAGUGAUAUAGAAACUAUCUUGGGAAUGGCAUAGCCCGCCUAAAGGUUAUGUGUUUCAGUCAAAAGCGAUAUAGAAACUAUCUUGGGAAUGGCAUAGCCCGCCUAAAGGUUAUGUGUUUCAGUCAAAAGCGAUAUAGAAACU